AUGGAGUACCAGGAAAUUCAAACACCUGCCGGAUGUACAACACCGUUUGAAGUGGUAACUGAAGUAAGACAAGGGGCAGUGGCAGGAUCCUUCUUGUUCAAUUUCGCCAUCGACGACACUAUGCGAAGAGCAGUCGACCAGUGUCCUGCCGACAUUGUCUUAGCACCUUUAAGGUGCCCUUUGACUGAUCUCGACUACGCCGACGAUGUUGUUAUAUUCGCGGAAAGCAGUACGAAACUUCAACAUGUUGCCAACCUUGUAUCGAAGCUGGCUGCAGCCUAUGGACUACGUCUACGCACUGAUAAAUGCAAGCAGAUGUGGAUCUUUUCGUGA